CACGAUAGUCUCGCACCCAGACUAACCGAACGCAUACUCUCACACCCGGGCUGCCCGGUCGACCAGCGCCAUUUUGUACUGGGCUGCCAAAGUGUGUUCGUCGGCGACCGGUACACAUGGAAAGUUCCAGCUCUAGGACUCCAAAGUGCGGAAAUGUGCCCGUUCACGCGGUUCCUAAGUACAAGAAGUCAUCUGGGCGGCAUUGCGUCGUGUUUGGAUGCCAAAACAACCAGCGCAAAAGGAGCAGGUUACUUAGCGCUGUUUGCGAAGAGCACAACACACGCAGGGAAUCGUGCCGGUGCGGUGUUUUCAGCUUGCACCGAUUUCCAUCCGCAACGAAGAACGCCAAGCUACGCCACCAGUGGAUAGCUGCACUGAAUAGGAAGAACUACCAGCCCAGUGAAAAUGCGCGAGUUUGCUCUGAGCACUUCCUGGACAACAAGCCUACAGAGCAGAAUCCCGUGCCGAUGCUUCGCCUUGGCUAUAACAAAAAGGCAAGCCUUUUCGUGUUUUCAUUCAUGUAGAGCUCCCGACGGUUAAGAGGAACAGUUGAGUUUGCGGUUAGCGAUACUAGCAGCUGGCGCGCGGCAUGACCAUUAAGCGUGAACAAGUCGUAGGCAAUAGAAUGUUGCCCUGCUGGUGAGCGUUAUUACUAACGAAAGUAAACUGAAGUCUGCUCGUCACGUAGCAUGCGUCCACAAAGACGUAAACGACGACUGCUCGUCGCCGAAGGUGUUCUUGCAGCGCGUCUGUCUUUACAUUUAGGUGUCAUUCGUAACGAAUUCAUUUGAGCCUCCUGAUCUCUAAACUGCGUGCGUGCUGUUAUGCGAGGCAAAGCACGAAAUUUUUCUUUUCAUAUAGCGAGGAAAAUUAGGUGGUUAAUUAUUGUUGCAUUUUGUAACAAAGUUUUGGUUGCUCUCACCUGUUUUUUUUUUUUCUGAGGGAGCGCCAACAAUCUGAUAUGGCCUCGCACAAGCGAAACAGAUCUGAUACCAGGUAACUGCAGUUUUUGGGGAUAAUUUCUUGGAAUGCAGGUGCGGUUGUUGUCUUGUACGAAAGGGGUCCCUGAUGAUGCAGCUUUAAGUAGGGAUGGUAAUUUUAUGUGCCCUGUAAUAGUUGGUGCAACAACUCACACCUGCAUCUGUCGUGCUCACCUUGUUAUGCGGGCUUUGACAGCACAUGUAGUUGAACAUUAUAACCACUGUAGUUCCACAUUUUCCAAUGAGUGCAGGUUUAGUGCCAUACGCUGCUUGUUCUAAGUGCUAUAGGCUUGUGUUCUGAAUGUUGUGCUUUUAAGUGGUUGCACGAUACAAUUGGCCUUGUGCAUUUUGUUUUUCAUUUUGAGAGGAAUUUAUAUCUUCCCAACAGUUAUGGCACAGAAAAGAACUACAGCCCUUCUUACUAUAACAUAUAGUUUGUUUGUUUUCAAUGUGCAGGUGGUGAAGGGCAGGCGUCUGCUAAUCAGGCAGGCUGUAAGCCCAGUCAAGCGACCUCGCCAUUGUGCUGCCGAACGUGGCCAACCUAGCAGUGAACAUGACAAACAAGACCAUACUGAAAGUGCAGAGGACAAUGUUCUGUGUGCUGGUGGAAACCUAGGAACGUUGCAUGCUGGUACCCAAGCACUAGCUGCUGCCUGUCCACAAUAGGAGAGAGAGAGAGAAACAACUUUAAUUGAAAACACCAACAAUCCGAUAUGGCCUCGCACAAGCGAGCAACACUGCACAAACGAGACCACACGAGCAACACAACGAUACCACACAAACGAGCAACACAAGCGUGAACAGGAGCAGCAGAUCAUUCAGCAGCAAGUGCCCACAUCCCAGCAGGUAGCGUCUGUUCACCUUCCUGCAGUGGAUGCCCCGAAUGAAACAGCGCAAAUGGAGACACCAGGUCACACUAAAACAAGUGUAGUAGAAGCUAAAAGCACAGUAGAACUGUAUAACAGCGAACUGCAGGAGGUCGCAUCCGAAAGGCUUGAUAUUGUCCCUGCUACAUACGAGGUGGUGGUCGAAAGCACUGAAGAGGCAGCCCCAAAUUUUUAUUUUGAGACAUCUUAUGAUGCAGAGAAUCUCCACACUGUUAAACUGUCCACAGUGUCAUCACUUUCAGAGCCCGAGCAAGCAAUAGUGCCAAUGGAUGUUUCACUUGAGUGUGUGCAAAUAAUUUUGCACGAACACUGCUACUUUUCUUGUAGUGUGAAAAAUGUUGAUGCAGGAACUCAAACAUCUAUUUACAAUACAGUUUCAUUACCGCCUAGUCAGUACCAGUUUUACACUGGAUUGAGCUAUUGCACCUUCUGUGAAUUAGUCAACGUUGUGGAGAGUAAGGUCAGCACUCAAUUCAAAUUAAGCAUUAGUGAUGCUGUUCUGCUGACUUUGAUGCGCCUUAGACUGGGCUUGCUCUAUGCUGACUUAGCGUAUCGGUUUGCUAUAUCUGUAUCUCUUGUUGGUAAAAUUUUUCGCACAAUUCUUCGAGCACUAGCUGAAAUUUCCAGACAACAUUUGAUCACCUGGCUACCUCAGGAGACCAUACAGAGGUCACUUCCAAAAACAUUCAAAGAAAGCAUGUACAAGAACACUAGGUGCAUAAUAGACUGCACAGAGGUGUAUAUGCAGCGCCCCAAGAAGCUGUAUGCUCGUGCUCAGACGUACAGCCAGUACAAAGGCGGAAACACUGCAAAAUUUCUAGUAGCCAUAGCACCCACAGGCUUCAUUAUGUUUGUAUCUAAAGUAUAUGGUGGCCGGCCUUCUGAUCGGUUUAUCGUGCAAGACUCAGGAUUUUGCGACUACCUCGAAAACUGUGAUGAAGUAAUGGCAGAUCGAGGCUUCACCUUGAAUGAGGAGAUGAAAGCAAAAUGUGUUCGCCUAAAUAUGCCCGCUUUUACACAAGGAAGGAACAGGCUUGAAGAAGUGGAGGUGACGAGAACAAGGCGAAUUGCGUCAUUAAGAAUACAUGUCGAAAGAGCAAUUAACCAUAUUAAGACAUUCAGAAUACUCAAGUACAGUGUCCCAAUUCAUCACAAGAAACUUGUAAAUGAGAUUGUUGUAGUUUGUGCAGGACUUUGCAAUUUGAAGUCACCCCUGAUUCGCAGUGAUAUCAUAGUUGAAGAAGGUACUCCGUGAGCGAAAGUAUAUGGCCUCAGGCUCGCUGAAAAACACUAAAUUUAGUCGUAAUUCAGACAUACAAACGGACAAGUGGCCGGGAAAGCUCGCAAUGUCAUGUUUAUACUGCAGUCCUCAGUUUCAAGUUAUAUGCGUUGGUGAAAAAAAAAUCUGCUUAAUCGCAGAAUCUGUGGUAUGUAUACUUUUGCGCAGAGGAGUACCUGUGUCAAGUGCAUUACUUGCUAGCAAUGACUUAGUCGUGGGUGCCAGAUUGGUCUUGCAACACUUGCUAAAAGAAGGCUGUGUUAAUUUUGUGUUGUGUAUGGUACGCUUUUUUAUUUUUAGGAGUGAUUUCACUUUAAAAUCUGAGACUUGCAUUAUGUUUUUCUAAAUGUUCAUAGAGAGCCUGGUAGACUUUUCUUGUGAGAGGUUUCACGUGAACUGUGACAUUUAUUCUAAAUAUGCGAGAAAAAAAAGCCUGCAAGGUACUAUACUUCCCAGUUGUCCAUCAUGUGUAUUGACAAUUUUUGUGCUUAUUUUUUAUAGCUGUGUUGUAGUAUUACGUGCAAUUUGCCAGUGUACAUGUAAUGUCAUCUCACACAAGUGCUCAAGUGAUUUGGAAGGUUAUUCUAUUUUGUUCUUAUAUAUGUUCACAAAGAGGAGCCUGAUAACCUUUUUUUUCUAGUUGCGUGCGAUUUCACUCUGAAGUCCAAGAUUUAUUCUGGUAGAUUGAGUCAAAGGUACGCCAGGAGGAAAUCAUGCAAGAUGUAUUCGCCAGUUGUAUUUAUGUGUAGUACCAUUUUUUAUACAUAUGAUGAUUUUUAUACCUUCAUUGUAAUCAGUACAAUUUUCUAGUGUACAUGUAAGGUCAUAUCACACAAGCGCUCAUGUGAUUUGGAAGGCUAUUGCAUGAUGUUCUCAUAAAUGUUCACAAAGAGGAACCAAGGCGAGUCACCACUGUGCAGCUUCUUGUUUUCUGUGAAAGAAACUUUUUUGCACUAGUUUGGAUAGUGCAUUUUACUGUCUAGAAAAGUACAAGGCUGGAAACCAUUCUUUAUUGAUUCAUCAACAUAAAUGACAGGUAUUUGUGUUCCAAAGGUUACAGCUGUGGACAAUUUUUUUUUGUCUCCGUAGAUUGUAUAUACAUAUUGUUACACUUUUGCUUUGAAUGCAUUGGCACCAGCAGCAGGGAUAUAUGGGUCGGUAUUUUGUAGCGAUGCGUUAUGCUUUAUGCUAUACUAGUCCUAUCAUCCACCGCUCACGGCCGGCUGAUCCCGUUGAUAACGUAAGCAGACCGUCGCUCUGACCACCGACCAAGCUCGAAAAGGCAUUACCAUCGGAAAGGCAUAGCUACAAAAUACCGUCCUUGGUCUCCACAAUAGAUCCUUGCUGGACUUGGUAAACAGAACAAACUUUGUGUGCACAUGUAAGAUGCGUGACUUGUUUUAUGCCUCAGGGCAAACUUCCAAAUAAAAAUAAACGAACUAUUGCACAU